AUGAAGGAGAUCACGAAACGUUUGAGUGCUGUCGGUGCUACUCGCCUUCCAGGAUGGGGACUGCGUGAUCCUCACUGCGUCUGCGAAGUACACUCACUUGCCUGCCAAUUUGGUUUUGAAGGAGACUCACCCGGAAAACAGUUGAAUCUCUUGUCCAAUAUACUUUCAAGCAACUGCAUGUGUUGCACAGGGCCGCCUUAUGUUUCAGUUUUUACGAUAUUUAAGAUAUCGCGGUCAAACAGUGACUUGGCAGUGAAGUGUGAAAAAAACUCAGCUGCGCUGGUCAUUUCCGUCCUCCUGGAUGGGGACCCGAGACGGGCCAAAUCAAUGGCUAGAGACAUUAUCAGACAUGGCCCAGUCGCGCCCUCAUUGGCCCUCGUGCAUCCAAGCUAUUGCCUUCAAUGCAUAGCUCCCUUCCCAAUCCCCCCACUUAACAGUCCACCUGCAGUGCUGUAUUUAUGCACCAAUUUAUCAGCUCCCGCCUGCAAUGCGCAGCUACCUACCCCACCUCCCCGAAUCAUCGGUGAACGAAACUUCGACAGCUACAACCACUGUACGACGAGUACGCUGUUAUUGCAGCUGACACCAUUGGUGUGGCCCGUCUCGGGGUCCCCAUCCAGGAAGACGGCAGUGACCAGCGCAGCUGAGUUUGCUGGUAAUGGCUUUUAUCCUCCGUUGCCAAGCCAUUGUUUGACCACCCCCGGCUCUCUCUCAUCCUUCACGUGGUUGUGGGAAAAGAGCCCUUCGAGGAAGUCGGUCGACUGGCAUACGCGCAAUCUAUGCAGUAUGAUCAGUUCAUCUAUCGAAGGCGAGUUAUUUCUCCAGAAUACCAUUUGA